ACCAUAUCGCAACCAAAGUUCAUACUUUCUCUACCAAACACUUAUUAGUUCUUCUUUCCUUAAGCAAUGGCCUCCUCAAACCUUGUUUCCUCUCCAGUUCUGCUCGCACUCGCCGCCUUCUGUCUUCUUUUUCUUCAACCCCAUCCGAGCAAUGCCAAUUCACUCACUACUUGUCACUUCGAUAAAAUUUAUCAGUUUGGCGACUCGGCUUCAGACACUGGGAAUCUAAUUCGGGAAAAGCCAAUCGGUGCUGCCACAGCUUUUGCUAGGCUUCCCUACGGUGAAACUUUUUUCAAGCAUGCGACCGGUCGAACCUCGAACGGCCGGCUCAUGAUCGACUUCAUUGCUAGUGCAUCCGGCCUUCCCUUUCUUAAUCCAUACCUGAAGAAAGAUGCAAACUUCAGAAAUGGAGUAAACUUUGCUGUUGCCGGCUCCACUGCCCUACCAGUAGACUUUCUCACCAAAGAGAAUAUCAUAGUCGAGAUUACUAACAGCUCACUCCAUGUGCAACUUGAUUGGAUGUCCAAACAUUUCACAAAGGGAGAUUGCUUGGAGAAGCCGAACAACACUCUUUUCAUCAUUGGAGAGAUUGGAGGUAAUGAUUACAACUAUGCAUUGGCAAGUGGAAAAACAUUACAGGAGGUAAACGCCAUGGUACCGGAAGUCGUCAAUUCCGUCGUCAUAGGUGUUAAACGUGUCAUUAGCGUUGGAGCUACUAGGGUGGUAGUCCCGGGCUUUUUUCCUAUUGGUUGUUUCCCACUUUAUCUAACAGCAUUUCAAACCAAUGACUCAACUGCCUAUGACAAGGAUAAAUGCUUGAAAGAACUGAACAGCUUCUCAAAAUACCACAAUGGAAAGUUACAAGAAGCCAUUCAAGAAUUGGAAAGAGAGUAUCCUCAUGUAGUUAUUGUUUAUGGAGAUUGCUACCAUGCCUUUGAAUGGCUUUACAAUCAUGCCGUACAUCUAGGAUUUGACGGUGCAUCUACACAGAAGGCUUGUUGUGGGAUUGGUGGGGAUUACAAUUUCAAUAUUACCAUGGUGUGUAGUGCAGAGACUCCAGUCUGUCCGAAUCCUAAUCAAUUCAUAAGUUGGGAUGGAAUUCACAUGAUAGAAGCUGCAAAUAAGAGGAUGGCUGAAUGGUUCAUUGAUGACAUGUUGCCCAAGCUCCACUGCUAUAACUAAGUUGGUCUUACUCCAACUUCGCUAUCAUUUAACAAAGUAUACAGUAAUACACCAUUUUUAAGUAGGUCUAAAUUCAAUAUCUCUAAUAAAAACUCAUGAUUAAAAUUAAUACAUGUUUUUGCUCGUUUUUUUUUCAUUGUACAUUGAAUUCAAAACAAUUUUCUUUUGCAAUGCAAUAGUGUAUAUAUAAAAUGAUGUUAUCUUUUACAUUAUUAAUGUCAUCAAGAACUUGAUUGAUGGAUGAUUUGUUGUCCAAA